UGGGGCUGCGGAGGGAUUGCGGCGACGCAGCCUGCAUAACCUUGAGGCGAAGGCAGUGGAUUCCCGCACAGAAGCUGCGCGUCCAGAGACUUCUGAACCCUUUCUGCUUUACAGCGCACCCGGAGCCGAAGCACGCCGGAGGACCUCAGAAGAAGCCUCAGCAGCCAUGUCGAAGCCCCAUAGUGAAGCGGGGACUGCUUUCAUUCAGACCCAGCAGCUGCACGCAGCCAUGGCUGACACAUUCCUGGAACACAUGUGCCGCCUGGACAUUGACUCUCCACCCAUCACUGCCAGGAACACUGGCAUCAUUUGUACCAUUGGCCCAGCUUCCCGAUCAGUGGAAAUGUUGAAGGAGAUGAUUAAGUCUGGCAUGAACGUCGCUCGUCUAAACUUCUCUCACGGAACUCACGAGUACCAUGCAGAGACCAUCAAGAAUGUCCGUGCAGCCACAGAAAGCUUUGCUUCUGACCCCAUUCUCUAUCGGCCAGUUGCUGUGGCUCUGGACACUAAAGGACCUGAGAUCCGAACUGGGCUCAUCAAGGGCAGCGGCACUGCAGAGGUGGAGCUGAAGAAGGGAGCCACUCUUAAGAUCACUCUGGAUAACUCCUACAUGGAGAAGUGUGAUGAGAACAUCCUAUGGCUGGACUACAAGAACAUUUGCAAAGUGGUGGAAGUGGGUAGCAAGAUUUAUGUGGAUGAUGGACUUAUUUCUCUGCUGGUGAAGGAAAAAGGUGCUGACUUUCUGGUGACAGAGGUGGAAAAUGGUGGCGCCUUGGGCAGCAAGAAGGGUGUGAACCUUCCUGGGGCUGCUGUGGACCUGCCUGCAGUGUCAGAAAAGGACAUCCAGGAUCUGAAGUUUGGGGUUGAGCAGGAUGUAGACAUGGUGUUUGCAUCUUUCAUCCGCAAAGCAUCUGAUGUCCAUGAAGUUAGGAAGAUCCUGGGAGAGAAAGGAAAGAACAUCAAGAUUAUCAGCAAAAUUGAGAAUCACGAAGGAGUUCGAAGAUUUGAUGAGAUCCUGGAGGCCAGCGAUGGGAUCAUGGUGGCCCGUGGUGAUCUAGGCAUUGAGAUUCCUGCAGAGAAGGUCUUCCUUGCUCAGAAGAUGAUGAUUGGGCGGUGCAACCGAGCUGGGAAGCCUGUCAUCUGUGCUACACAGAUGCUGGAGAGCAUGAUCAAGAAGCCCCGCCCCACCCGGGCUGAGGGCAGUGAUGUGGCCAAUGCAGUCCUUGAUGGAGCUGACUGCAUCAUGCUGUCUGGAGAAACAGCCAAAGGGGACUACCCUCUGGAGGCUGUUCGCAUGCAGCACCUGAUUGCCCGUGAGGCAGAGGCUGCCAUCUACCACUUGCAAUUAUUUGAGGAGCUCCGCCGCCUGGCGCCCAUUACCAGCGACCCCACAGAAGCCGCCGCCGUGGGUGCUGUGGAGGCAUCCUUCAAGUGCUGCAGUGGGGCCAUUAUCGUGCUCACCAAGUCUGGCAGGUCUGCUCACCAGGUAGCCAGAUACCGCCCACGUGCUCCCAUCAUUGCUGUGACACGGAAUCCCCAGACAGCUCGCCAGGCCCACCUGUACCGUGGCAUCUUCCCUGUGGUGUGUAAGGAUCCAGUCCAGGAUGCCUGGGCUGAGGAUGUGGACCUCCGAGUGAACUUGGCCAUGAAUGUUGGCAAGGCUCGAGGCUUCUUCAAGAAGGGAGAUGUGGUCAUUGUGCUGACUGGAUGGCGCCCUGGCUCUGGCUUCACCAACACCAUGCGUGUAGUACCUGUGCCAUGAUGAUCCCUGGAUCCCCUUCUACCCCUGCCCUAUCCCCUUCCCCAACCCAUCCAUUAGGCCAGCAAUGCUUCUAGUGCUCACUCUAGGCUGUAGUGUGGCACUGGUGGGCUGGGACACCAGGGAAGAUUAAGUCUGUUUUUAGACCCUGCUCGAGUGGGAUAGCCAGAGCCUGGCUGCAUCAUGUGGUCCCACCCAAAAAGGGGCAAAAGAGGAACGUAAGACUGGAGGCUUCCAGAGCUAUGGAAAGAAGGUGACAACUCCUUCUCCUCUAGUUAGUUCCUGUAGAAAGUGGAUGCCCAGAGAACUCCUAGCCCUGGCCUGGGGUCAGGAGACAGCCAGCUGGGGUAGGAGCUUAGGGUGUAGGGCAGUGAUUCCAGUGUAUGCAAACGGACCCUGACGCUUAUUUGCUUCCCCAACUGCCUCAGCCUCCCUCACUCCACCUUGUUGUGUACUGUGUUGUUCUCCUGCACUCCACUGGACUGACGUUCAUGCUGCAGAAAAACACUCCACCCCCUGCCUUCCAUUUUCCCCACACUGCAGCCACCUCCAGGCCUGUUGCUAUAGAGCCUACCUGUAUGUCAAUAAACAACAGCUGAAGCACC